UCGGUAAACGACUUGUCAAUCUUCAUUAAGGAUCUUCUCAUCUCCUCGACUCCUACUCCUGCAGACCUAGAUAUAGCCGGCGCCACCGUCCACAUGUGGUGCCGCACUGCAGCAGCCAACUCUGCCGGCAGGUGGCUGGCCGACUCCAUCUCCAUAGAUCCCCACGACUCCUCCAUCUUAGCUUUCCCAAGCACGCAACAAACCACCAGUUUGUACGUGCGACAGCGAGGUGGAGCACGACGAUGCAGCAUGCGGCGGCGCGCACGACCAGGAGUAUGGCGGCGCAGAGGUGCAGCGAGGCGGUUGGAGACAACGACGAGGAGCAGGACCACGUUGUGGAGGCGAUGACCACGCCAACCAGCCAACCGUCAGGCGCAAUGCAUUCUCAUGGAGCAGAAGGCGGUGCUGGGGCUAUCACUGGGAAUGUUAACCUAGCUACUUCCCCAACUCAAGCUACUACUGUGAGAGCAUCACAAGGUCAUGGUGGUGAUGGAUCUGUUAGAGUUGGUAAUAAAAGAAAGCUCACAUCAAUUGUGUGGGAAGGAAAUUUUGAAAAGAAAAUUAUUAAUGGGGAACCGAAAGCUGACUGCAUGUAUUGCCAUAAACUUUUUAUAGCAAAAGGUACCAAUGGCACUUCACACUUGCUGAGUCACAUGAGCUCUUGUGGGGCUAGGGAUGCACCAAUUGGUCCAAAGCAACAAAAAAUAAGGUUGUCAAAGGUUUACGAGGGGAAAGGCAAUUUGGAGAAAAUUGUGUUUGAUCAAGAUGUUGCUAGAAAAGAGCUUGCACUAAUGAUAUGUGUUGGUGCUGAUCAUGUUUUGCUCGUGGAAGAGGCUUAGUCAAUGGGUCUGCCAAAUUCAGAUAUGUAUGUAUUUUG